AGGAGUCACAUGGCACUUGGUUUACCUAACCAGGAAGAGAUGAUUGCAGCUCAGGACAAAAAAUCCAGGAAGAAGAGAGGGCAGUCACAUGCCUUCAAUAACAAUACAUACACUGAUUGUUUCAGGUAAACAGAAAUGGGGCCAUUAGCGGCAACUCGGCUCCUUGCCAUGAUCUCACUGACUGUGGCGCUAGACAACGGACUGCUGAAGACUCCACCUAUGGGAUGGAUGGCCUGGGAACGCUUUCGCUGUGAUAUUGACUGUAAAGAUGACCCAGAGAACUGCAUUGGUGAAGGUCUGUUUAGAGACAUGGCUGACCGAUUGGCUGAGGAUGGCUGGAAGGAGCUGGGCUAUGAGUAUGUAAUCAUAGAUGACUGCUGGAUGUCCAUGCUGAGAGAUGAACAAGGGAGGCUGCAACCGGAACCCUCCAGGUUCCCAGGGGGCAUUCCAAAACUGGCAAGGUAUAUACAUGACCGUGGACUAAAGCUAGGCAUCUAUGCAGACAUGGGCACUCGCACAUGUAUGGGAUUCCCUGGUACCACACUGGAUAAAAUAGAGAUUGAUGCCCAGACCUUUGCUAGCUGGGGGGUAGACUAUCUGAAGUUUGAUGGCUGUAACUCAAAUCCUGUACAACAAAUGUUGGGUUACCCUCUUAUGUCCAAGGCUUUGAAUGCUACAGGCAGACCUAUGGCCUACUCCUGUAGUUGGCCUGUCUAUGUUGGAGGCCUUCCAAUGAACGUAAACUACACUUUUCUGGGCGAUAUUUGUCACCUGUGGAGAAAUUACUAUGAUAUCCAGGAUUCUUGGGACAGUUUGCAAAGCAUCAUUGAGUGGUUCUCCAACAACCAGGAUGAUCUGCAGCCGGCUGCGGGGCCUGGACGAUGGAAUGACCCUGACAUGCUCAUCAUUGGAAACUUUGGUCUUAGUGUGGACCAGGCUCGCUCUCAGAUGGCUCUGUGGGCUAUUAUGGCUGCACCUCUCAUCAUGUCUAAUGACCUUCGAAACCUGGACAACAGCGCAAGGGCCAUCCUGCAAAACAAAGUGGCCAUUGCCAUAAACCAGGACCCCAUGGGAAUCCAGGGAAGACGGUUGUUGCAGGAGAAGAGUCAUAUUGAGGUUUACUGGAGGCCACUGUCUCAUUCAGCCAGUGCCCUGGUGUUCCUGAGUCGACGGACAGACAUGCCCUACCACUACCGCAGCUCUCUGGCUAAACUCCACUACAAUAUUGGCAACUACAAGGCCUAUGAUGUGUUUGCUGGCUCGACGGUGAAGGCUUUGAACGCCACCACAGAGUUCUCCGUCUCUAUCAAUCCCUCAGGUGUUGUCAUGUGGUACGUUUACACAGAACAACAAUCCAAACAGAUGGAGAUACUCCACUACCAGCAAAAGAAAGCCUCACAGUUCACAUUCAACAACGCUAAACCUGGGCAUCAUACUGUGUUAUGAAGAAACUUUUGUGGAAAGGAAAAAAAAUGCUAAGCUGGUAUUUUAUAGAAUUAUUUAAAAGGCAGACAGGCUCAAUCAAAGCCAUCUCAACCCAAUUUGGAAUUAUCGUUGAAUAGAUGUUCUUUUGCACUGAUGUUCAUGAAACCAAAUAUAACAAGUUUUCAUAUUGUUCUCUUUUUUAAACUGUUUAGAAGUGGCUUUCCCUUCAGUUUAAUAAAACAUCUGCCUUUUUUGUCCUCCUUUAAGAUGUUUGUGCCAGUAAGUAAUUUUGGCAAAAUAUAGAUCAAAUUGUGUAUAUAUUGCGGAUUUUGUGUACUUACACACCAAUCUGACAAUCAUGAUAGAGACUUAGAAAUGCUGGGCCAUGGCACUGUGUACAUUAAAAUAGACGUGAACUUGU